UAUAUAGAUGUAGCGGGAGCCGCCCUGGCACUUUCGAAGUGUUUUCCCUUGGACCUCGUUGAGCGACAGUACGAAGUACCAGCUCGGAGGUGCGUGAGAGGGCCGACGAGUAUGACUAAGCAUUGUCCGACGAAGCUUGCCUACUUCGAUGACAUGCAGGCGCUCCAGUACCCCGCGAUCUUUAUCGCCUUCGAGCAGGUGGAUGGCCGAUUGGCGAUGAUCCUUGAUUCCACCAUUUUCCAUCCUCAGGGUGGUGGGCAGCCGGCUGACAAAGGAGUCAUUUACAGUUCUGGCUUUAGGUUCGUGGUGGAGGAUGUCAGGUCCAACGAUGGGGUGGUUUUUCAUUUUGGAUACAUUGAUAAUUCUCAAGAUGACUAUGAACCCAACCUAAAAGAGAGACAGGAAGUCACCUUACAAGUUGAUGCACAACGACGUGCUCUCAAUUCAAGGAUUCAUUCUGCGGGGCAUUUAUUGGAUAUUUGUGUGCGCAAUGUGGGGUUAUCUCAUUUAAAACCUGGAAAAGGUUAUCAUUUCCCUGACGGGCCAUUUGUUGAAUAUAUUGGGGUAAUCCCCCUGGAUCAACUACAGAUCAAACAGAAAGAGCUAGAACAAGAAGCAAAUUCAUUAAUCAGUAUUGGUGGAAAGGUUUUUGCCUCUGUUUUAUCUUAUGAUGAAGCUGUCCAGUGGUGCAAUGGUGAUCUCCCUAGUUACAUUUUGAAGGGCAGCACCCCAAGGAUUGUGAGAUUAGGUGACAAUGCCGGAUGCCCUUGUGGAGGGACUCACGUUGCUGACAUUUCAGACAUAAAAAACUUUAAGGUUACCCAAGUUCGAUCAAAGAAAGGAGUAACAAAGGUCAGCUACAGCAUCAACCCAUGAGCUCUAUAUUUUAUUUAUCUGCAAUAUUUUCAAUUCAUAUCGAUGACUAAUGAGCUCCUAUCAUACCUGACUAUUCAAACUGUUAUUCUUAUGUAUAUAUAUAAGAAGAAUGGCAACCCUUUUGCCUAGUUACGAAGCA